AUGACGCAACGGGUUACCGCGCAGCGCUUUCGCCAGCGCAAGUUGUCGACCAAGCAGAACCUCGCCGUCCUGCGCGAGAACGAGGUCGAGCAGCAGCUGGACGACGACGCGCAGCGGCACAUUCCCAAGGUCGAAACCGGCGUCGAGAAGGGCGAGGAGAUUGCUGUCAUCUCUGCUUCCCAAGCCGCAGCAACCGGCGGAAAGGUCGCCCAGCUCUAUAUUCCUACCCCAGAUGCUGUUGCCAGCAAACUCUCCUACGAGGAUCUCUAUGUCCUCAAGUUCAACCAACCCGCCACCUAUAUCCGCUUCUCGUCCACCGUCGAAGACUGCGUAGGAUGUCCGUACUGCAUGGACCUGGAGGACAAGGCGUUCCUCAAGUCCAUGAACGAGCGCAUCGUCGGCCACAGGAAAGGCAGAGCCGCACAGGCCGCCAUCUGCUCCGACAAUGAGUUCGAAGAAGUCAUGAACUUCUUUGAGGAGACGUCCCAGACCAAGCAGCCCUAUGCCGCCGUCGACAGUCCCCCGGUCAUCACCUACGAGGAAAUGGAAGCCGAGUUCGACGAGACCAUCAGUAUCUCGGCUCGCAGUUUCGCAAAGGACAUCUAUGAGCACUGGAAGGCCCAGCGGUCAGCGACAGGCAACCGCAGUCUGAUGCCGGCGCUCAAGUUCGAGAGAAACAUCGAGACAGACGAUGCUGAUCCCUAUGUGUGCUUCCGACGACGCGAGGUCCGGCAGAUUCGGAAGACGCGUGGCAGAGAUGCACAGAUUACCGAGAAACUCAAGAAGCUGAGAAAGGAACUGGAGGACGCGCGACAUCUUAUGGCUCAAGUGAGGCGGAGGGAAGGUAUGAGCCAGGAAUCGUUGGCAACUGAUAGAGAUGUCUUCGAUCAACGCGUUACUCUCAAAGACCACAAGAGGAAAUUGGGUAUCAAGGAAAACGACGAAGACCUCAUCAACCAAAAGCCCGCCCCCAGACCGAAGCCCAGGGUGGAUCCGUCUGCAAUGCAGCGAGGUAUUCCUGGCAUGAUCCAGAAACCCCAGAUCGCACGUGCCGAUGGUCGCCCGCUCGAUUCUGACCUGGUGUCGUUGCAGGAACAGGAGGAGAAGAGGGAGAAAGGCAUCCAGGCCUUCAUCGACGAGCACAAGGAGAAGCACCGGAAGUGGAACGAGAAUUGGCAGGACGAGACUUGGAGGCCCAUCACACCACCGCUCGAGACGGCCUUAUCGAGGAGCACCUUUGUUCCCGUAAGAGUCGAGCAACUGCCCACGCCUCCAGCAUCCGUGUCAUCCGAGACCUCUGGUGAAAACGCGAUCGCUGAUCAAAGACCAAACAAGCGUAGGACGCCCGGUGUGACGGGAAGCGGUAUGGAACUGCGUAGCCACAGGUUCUCUCCACCACCGGAGGAUGUUCCCUGGGCUCAAAUUCCACGAUUCCGAGCGCGCACUGGUCGAGGUGGAAGACUUAUGAUUGACCGUCGCGGCCACCUUGAGCGCAAGGAAUACGAUCUCCGAGGCGGACGACGACCAUGGGAAGAAGAGCGUCGCGCGGAUCUGUACAAGUAUUCGGGUGAUAGUAGCGAGGACGAGCAGGAGAUGAAGGUUGACCACAAUGACAAUCUCCAUAUCAGAUAUCGUAUGAUGCUGGAGAGGAGCGGAGAGAAGGGGCAGGCCUCAGCCCAGUCCAGGAGGAGCAUCGAUCAUCUUCAACAUGCCCGAUCGGUAUCCGGAGGCCAUCUCGUACCGCCAUCAAGUGGCUGA